UUUCUACCAAGUUCCAUGCUCCUCCCGUGGUCCCCUUACCGGGGUGGUUCUGUAGGCCCCAUCGCGAGUGCCUUGUGGCAACUGUCCUGCCGUGGAGGCGACUCCGAGGGGGCAGUUUCAGGGUUAACCACCAUACACGUGUCGCGCGGGAGGGGAGGAGGCCCGCAGGCAUUGUGGGUGCAUAGUUCAGCUAGAGCGUCGUCGGCUUACGGGCCGAGGAGUAAACUACAAUUCCGGAGGUGCUAUGCACCCAGUGGUUCCAUGCGCGCGCAGCCCCCUGGGAAGAGUAGUUUCGGCCGCGGGGAUGAAGGUCUUAGCCGGAUGGCCCGGAACUCGCCUUCCCGGCGACCCAUUUGGCAGGGCGGGGCGCCUCGCGAAGAUGGUGGCGCGCGUGGCGUGUGGCUCCUGUCUUCUGCCCAGAUCUCAGCGCCGCGCACCGGCUGGCGUCUCGCUAGUCCGGAGCCCCCGCCCACCCGGUCCCUGACCCCGCGCCCCCCGUGCGCGGUUUCCGGCAUGCCCCGCGCCCGCAAGGAUAACGCACCCCGCAAGGGUGGCCAGCGCCGCGGAGGGGGUGCCCGGAGCAGUACCCAAGCUGACUCAGGUUCCAGUGAGGAUGAGGUAGCCAGUGAGGCAUGCAGCACUGCCAGCGAAUGCCCCAGCCUUCUCAGCAUCACAGCAGAGGACAACCUUGGGGGUGACAUCGUGGAUGAGCAGGCUCAGCAGGAAGACCUCGAAGAGAAGCUGAAGGAGUAUGUAGACUGCCUCACAGCCAAGAGUGCCAAGACCCGGCAAGGUGCCCUUGAGAGUUUGCGCCUGGUCCUGGCAUCCCGCCUACUCCCUGACUUCUUGCUGGAGCGCUGCCUUACACUGGCCGAUGCCCUGGAAAAGUGCCUCAAGAAAGGGAAGGGUGAGGAGCAGGCCCUGGCUGCUGCGGUGCUAGGCCUCCUCUGCAUACAACUGAGCCCUGGACCCAAGGGCAAGGAGCUGUUCCAUAGCCUGCAGCCGGUGCUGAUCUCUGUCCUCAGCGACGGCACAGCCAGCCCUGCUGCCCGGCUCCAUUGUGCGUCUGCUCUUGGCUUGGGCUGCUAUGUGGCUGCCGCCGACAUCCAGGACCUGGUCUCUUGCCUCACCUGCUUGGAAGGUGUUUUCAGCCGGGUCUGCGGCAUGGGUGGCUCUACAGCGCCUGUGGCCUCUGCCAGCCUUCAUGGCCUGCUUUGUGCUGCCUUGCAGGCCUGGGCAUUGCUGCUUACCAUUUGCCCCAGCACUCAUGUCAGCCGUGUACUCGACAGGCACUUGCCCCAGCUGCCCCAGCUUUUGUCCAGUGAAAGUGUGAACCUACGGAUCGCUGCCGGCGAGACCAUCGCCCUGCUCUUUGAGCUUGCCCGGGACCUUGAGGAGGACUUCAUUUACGAGGACAUGGAGGCCCUCUGUAGCACUUUGCGCACUCUGGCCACUGACAGCAACAAGUACCGUGCCAAGGCCGACCGCCGACGCCAGCGCUCUACUUUCCGCGCAGUGCUGCACUUCGUUGAGGGCGGCGAGUGCGAGGAAGAGACAGUGCGCUUUGGGUUUGAGGUGCUCUAUGUGGACAGCUGGGCCCGGCGUCGGAUCUACGCUGCCUUCAAGGAUGUGCUGGGUUCGGGCAUGCACCACCACCUUCAGAACAAUGAACUGCUCCGUGACAUCUUCAGCCUGGGCCCUGUGCUGGUGCUGGACACCACUGCCCUGAAAGCCUGCAAGAUUCCACGCUUUGAGAAGCACCUGUACAAUGCUGCUGCCUUCAAAGCCCGAACCAAGGCACGAAACCGUGUGCGGGACAAGCGGGCAGACAUCCCUUGAAGCACUUCCGGCCAGAAAGGGGGCUGUGCACGCCCUUGCCCGUAUUUUUAACAGAAGACACUGCGACGACUGGUCUCUGCCAGUAAUUGUCGCUUUAUUUUUUUAAUGACAAAACCAAAAACAAAUAUGGGAGUGGAGGGCUGGGGGUUAGGUCACUUGAGACCCUGGCCCUUUGCCCCUGCACGUCACCCUGUGGCCUCUUCCUGCCCUGUCUCAGACCGAGCCAGAUGUGUGUCUGCCCCUGGGCUCUCAGGCAGGCAGGGGCAUGUGAUGGGAUGAGGGGACUGUCCCUUUCUCUCUCUUCCAGGCCUUGCUCCCCUAGGGUGACCCACUUCUUUUGGGGAGGGGGAUAGUAGAGCAUCUGGGUAACAGAUGGGGAGGUAAGGCUACCUAGAAUGGAUUUAUGUGCUGAUUGAUUAUAAGAUUAUUAGAGAUAAUUAAACAUAAUAUGCAGCCUUA